UGAAGCUGGAGGAGCACUCCGUGAGUCCGUGUAGUCAGUGUGCAUUUGGAUGUGUGUAUGUGUGUGAGUGUGCGUGUGUGCGUGUCUGAAUGCGAACAAGUUCUUAUUAUAUAGUAUUUUGUAAUUCCCUAACAUCUUUGAAUCAAGCUGUGGGAGUAACGGCGCGUGAGCCAUCUUUCAGGGUCGCGUGAGGCAAAGAAUCCGACUUAUACUUACUGCAACUCCGGACUGAAGGCUCCAAUGAACUCGAAAAUAACAAGUUUGCGUCGCAGAGCUCCAGAAAACAAGACACAUCUACGCAGUUUAACCAUUUUUGGGUUGUCUUCUCUGACUCUGCGAUAACUUGGAGCUGGCUCCUGCAUCUGCUGAUUUGAUUGUUUUAUUUUUAGUGCUUUGCAGUCCAGUGAUAGUCCUGCGUGCCUUCCUUUAAAUGUGUACAAUCGCUCAUGAAGUAACAGUGAACGUCACAUUACGCACAGUAAUAAAAGCUGUAAGGGGAUAAGCCAUAAACUGCGCAGAAAAAUGCUAAAGACGCUCACGAAGAAGCUCAGAAGACAUUCCCUGAAUGAGAUACAUCCUUUCCAGCUGAAGAUUUCGUACCAUGGCAGUGGAGAGGGAGGGGAGAGCGAUGACUCAGAAGGGGAGAACCAGGAGCUUGCACAGAUUGACAGAGAGAGACGGAGAAAUUGCGCCCUCACCCCUUUGGCCACCAGCCAGCAGCACAACCAGGGUCCCCUCUCUCCAGCCCGGUUACGUCGCCUCCGCCUCCUUUUAGAUGCCAAUCUGGAUCGUCACUCUUCAGAAGAGGAGCUGGAGCGAAUCAGCUGUGGCGACAACAGGAAGUGGGUGUCGGCUAUUCCCCAGCGACACGGCGAUCACCACAGCAGCGCCUCCAGUGACGAGGAGGUGCGGGACCUCUUUGGCUGCGGGUCACCGGCUGCGUCUGUCAGGCCGCUGGUUGAGCCCGGUGCUUGCUUGGCAGCCUCCCCCAGCCCUGUUCUCUUCAGCUCCAGUCCACCACGUAGCCUCAAACCGCCCCCCAUGAGGUUUCAGCUUCAAGUGGUGCAGCCAGUUGCACGGCCCAUCAUUUUAACCCACUUUGACCAGUCAGCACCUUACAGAAAGUACCGGCACAGUUACAGCGGAGAGCCAGGGAGGCCCAGUUUGGACCUGGAGAAAAUGCAACAGAAAAUGCUCCUGAAAAAGAACUGUGGAGGGAAAACGCGGACUAUAAAGAUUCGGAAUCUGACCGGCACUCGUCCUCCGCCCAGGUACACCUACGACCCAUCCAUCUUCGCCUUCCGCUCCCUGAGCACGGUCCCUCCCUGCAGCCCUCUGACCCCGUCUGAGGAUCCUCCCUGUUCAUAAGAAAGAUCCAUCCACUGCCAGAUAAUCAGCUCCCCCCUCUUUUUAUUCCCAGAUGGCUGCUUUUUCUCUGGCUUCUGCAGCGAGACCCAGAAAAGACUGUUAGACUGCUAGAAAAAGACCUUUUUUUUGUUUGAAGUUGGGACUUUGCACACUCAGGUAAUCCUGCUUUGUCACGCUGAUCAUAACUGUCCACAAAAAAAAAAAAACGAGAACAUUCGGGGAAUAAAACGGCCUACACAUAACAUUUCUAAGGAUACUUCAGGUUUUGCUCAUGUGUUUCUGAAAGGGAUCCUGUGAUUGGUGGAAGAGUAGAUAAGACACAUACCUGGACUGGACAAAGAUGGUACAAAAGGGACAUGGCCAACCAUUUUGAAAACCUGGAUUUAUCAGGGUUGGAUCAAUAUUCAAGGGAAAUAAUGCAUGUAAGACAAUCAAAUGGUUCCAAGGUUUCUUCCUUUGAUGUGAUUUCUGGACAUCCUGUAAGCUUCUUGGUAACUUUCUAUCCUAAACACGGCGAGGUGAGUCAUCUGAUAUCCUGUUAUUGUUGAGAUGAAGGUAGACUGUUUGGUCGAACUACUUCAAAUGUGUCAUUGAAUAUGCAGGAGCUAUAACAAACAAGUAUGACAUGUAUGUAGUUGAAUAGCUGACCUUUGAUGAUGUGCAUAUCUUAAUGAAUGUGUCACUUUUAGUCCAGGUCAGAGUUAAGUACUUGUAUCCUCUUUCCUUGCAUGAAUUCCGCUGUUUUGCAGAAAGAGAGGUAUGUGGAAAUAAGGAAGUAUGAGAAUAGUUUGCUGCACAUUUGGCAAGUGUAAUUGGUGCUAUGUUAUUCAUAGCCUACUUGUAUGUAGUGUGCCAUUUUUUUUCCAAUAUUGUACCUCAUUACUUUCUAGGUAGAAGAGGACCACUGGUGUACAAAAGGAACCCCAGUGUUUUCUAAAGAUCUCUUAAUGCCUUGAAAUCACAUUCCUGUUGUGUUGAAUGAAACUUGAGUGAGCUCUCGGCUGCUGUUACGAGCCGACCAGUCGAUUAAACAUGAUGUCACCACUGUAACUAAGAUUUCGCUGAAGUGAAUGUAACUUUGUGACAUGUUUUGGUCCAUUGUUGCACUAAAUGAAUCAAUAAAUGCCCUGUGGCCUCUUGUUGAGGA